CUUCGGUCUUCCCCGACUUCUCGCCGCUAUAUAUUGGAAGGCCGUGCGGCCUCCCCAAAACCCUAGUCUCAUCUCUGCUGGUGGUGGUGGUGGUUGGUUCUCCUGCCGACGAAAAUGUCGAAGCGAGGACGUGGAGGUUCUGCGGGUAACAAGUUCAGGAUGUCGCUGGGUCUGCCGGUGGCGGCCACGGUGAAUUGCGCGGACAACACCGGGGCCAAGAAUCUUUACAUCAUCUCGGUGAAGGGAAUCAAGGGUCGCUUGAACAGGUUGCCCUCCGCUUGCGUCGGGGACAUGGUGAUGGCCACCGUCAAGAAGGGGAAGCCCGAUCUCAGGAAGAAGGUUAUGCCCGCGGUCAUUGUCAGGCAACGCAAGCCGUGGCGCAGAAAGGACGGCGUCUACAUGUACUUCGAAGAUAAUGCCGGUGUCAUUGUGAAUCCGAAAGGAGAAAUGAAAGGUUCUGCCAUCACCGGUCCAAUUGGGAAAGAGUGUGCAGACCUGUGGCCGAGAAUUGCCAGCGCAGCCAAUGCGAUCGUCUGAACGUUGCAGUUUAUCUUUUGUUCAUGUUAUUUGUUUUCAUAUCGUGGUUUGAUGUUACCGGUGGAAGUAAACCUCAGAUUGCUUAGUUCGCAGAUAAAUUUUUACAUGUUGGAGGCUCACCUAUCCCCUUUUUUUUUGUUUUGAAGUGUUGUCAUGGUUUAGAAGAUUUAAAGUAUAUGCUUUCUAGACGUGGGUUCUUUUCUC